AUGCUAUUUACAAGAAUAUUAUGUCAAGGCGUGAAAUUCACCAAGGGAACGGCUACACAGCCCAAACUCAGUCCAAAAUCACUACCGAAAGGCAAUUUGUAUACCAAUCUUUUAGUAACAACACUAUAUGGGACAGGCCUGGCAUCUUUAUAUUUAGAAUCAACUAGUUUGAAAAAGUCUAAGACGAAGCAAGGUCCUCCUGCUAUUACAGAAGAUGACGUUGUCGAUAUAGUCCACGAUUCACCAAAUAGGAUAUUCAAGCCAAAACUCAACACGCAAGAAGAGAAAAGACAAGAUUUGCAACUAAGUGACUUUCGUAAAGUGGUUCAUUCGUUAACAUAUGGCGAUGUCUCACAAUUCGCAAUUGCCUGGGGGUUUCUUAUGCAAUUAUCAAACCUUAUCGGCAGUUCUUCUUUGGGGAGGAAAUCUCUAUUUUAUAAGGGAAGUGUAGUUGGUGUCGUUGGGUUUCCAUCCCUGAUAUAUAUGGCCCUUAGACUCAGAAUGAAGCAAUUGGAGAAAGCCGGAGUCCACUUUGAAUGA